CUGUUGCAUAACGCGGGAUUACUUUCUAAUAUAUGUAAUACUAUCCCAUAAAACAUAUAUACCUUACACUUUACCUGUUACGAUACAAGCAUGUACAUUGGUUCUUAUCCAAUCCAAGUCCCGAUCACGUCAGCACAAUCCUUUCUCGAUCCAGUGUUGUACAAAAAGUUACAUGUUCACAAGCAUCAGGUCAACGACAGACUUCAUUUAUUUCUACUCCUUGAACUUUUCAUCUCUUGAACUGUGAGCCACAGCUGACUCGUAGGUUCUUCAACACUUACCGGUCAAAUCUCAUCCAAUUUCAGGAAAUCUCUGCCUCAGCUCUCCUCAAGACAAGUACUGAGUUAAGUCUCCUAAGUUCUCAUUAAAUGAGUAGCUGCAUGCAAUAAGUCAUGGAACUCGUUUUAGUUUUUGUUUCUAUUGCUUUUGCUUUUCCUAUAGCAAGCUAGCUGGGAAUUACAAUGCAAGUCUUAAUGGUUUUUGGCCCAUAGUUUGUGCUGUUCUCUGUCUCCUCGGCAUUUAACACCGUCCCACCUAUACAGUGGUGGUAGAAACCUUUCACGAGUAGCUUUAACUGAACCCCACCUGCAUUUUCAUGCUCUGCUCAUUUUUAUACCCCUGUCUAAAUAUCAUCUAUCAUACUGCAUCACUUCUUCAGUAUGGCUACUUCCUCUUACCAUUUCACUUCUUAUUCUUUCUCCUCUAACUCCCAUCUCUUCUUCACACUUGUUGCCUUCGUCCUUUCAUGCCUGAUUUUCUUUCUUUCUCGCAAGUCAAAAUCAAAACGCCUAAACCUCCCUCCAGGGCCCCCUGGUUGGCCUGUUGUUGGAAAUCUUUUCCAGGCUGCUCGCUCUGGCAAGCCCUUCUUUGAAUAUGUCGAGGAUCUUCGAAAAAAAUAUGGGCCAAUUUUUACACUCAGAAUGGGGACUAGAACGAUGAUUAUACUCAGCGAUGCCAAGCUAUGCCAUGAAGCAUUCAUCGAAAAGGGUGCCCUGCUCGCCAGCAGGCCACGAGAAAAUCCCACUCGAAACAUCUUUAGUUGCAACAAAUUCACCGUAAAUGCAGCGGUUUACGGGCCAGUAUGGAGGUCUCUGAGGCGGAACAUGGUUCAGAAUAUGCUGAGUUCAAGCAGGCUUAAAGAGUUUCGCAGUACUAGACAGCAUGCAAUGGAUAAACUAAUCGAUCGCCUGCGAGCUGAAGCCGAAGCUAAUAAGGGGGUUGUUUCGGUGCUGAAAAAUGCUCGUUUCGCAGUGUUUUGUAUACUCUUAGGCAUGUGUUUUGGGAUUGAAAUGGAUGAAGAAACUGUGGAGAAAAUGGAUCAGGUAAUGAAAACUGUUUUAAUCACUCUUGAUCCAAGAAUUGAUGAUUAUCUUCCCAUUUUAAGCCCCUUUUUCUCCAAGCAAAGAAAAAGAGCUCUCCAGGUUCGUAAGGAGCAAGUGGAAUAUAUAGUCCCAUUCAUCGAAAAGCGUCGAGAAGCUCUUCUAAAUCCGGGAUCGGAUAAAUCCGCCAUGUCGUUUUCAUACCUUGACACUCUUUUUGAUCUCAAAGUUGAAGGAAGAAAAUCAGCACCAUCCAAUUCAGAGCUGGUCACACUCUGUUCUGAGUUCCUCAAUGGGGGGACCGAUACCACUGCAACUGCACUUGAAUGGGGCAUCGCACAGCUGAUUGAGAACCCAGAUGUUCAAUCUAAGCUUUACGAUGAAAUUAAAUGGACGGUCGGCGAUCGAAAAGUAGACGAGUUUGAUGUAGACAAAAUGAAGUAUUUACAAGCGACAGUGAAAGAAUUGUUACGGAGGCACCCACCAACAUAUUUUUCACUAACUCAUGCAGCGACUGAGCCUGCAACUUUGGGGGGAUUUGACAUCCCGACCGACGCAAAUCUUGAGAUUUUCUUGCCAGGGAUUAGUGAGGAUCCAAAAAUAUGGUCGAACCCAGAAAGAUUUGACCCGGAUCGGUUUUUCUCGGAGAAAGAAGCUGCGGAUAUAACAGGGGUAAAAGGGGUGAAAAUGAUGCCAUUUGGGGUUGGGAGGAGGAUUUGCCCUGGUUUGGGGAUGGCGACAGUGCAUGUUCACCUAAUGUUAGCAAGAAUGGUUCAGGAAUUUGAAUGGACUGCCUAUCCACCUAAUAGCAAAAUGGAUUUUAGUGGGAAGUUGGAGUUUACUGUAGUCAUGAAGAAUACCUUAAAAGCAAUGAUCAAGCCAAGGGGUUAGGGGUUAUGGAGUUAAGAUUUUAGCUCAAACUCACAAACCAUACACUUUUGGUAUGCAUACUUUUGGGUUUCUUCUUCUGGGUUUGUUUGUUUCUGAAAAGGUCGUUUCGGUUAGAUGUUCUUGUCAAUUCCUGCUGUUGCUGGGUACUUCAUCGGUUGAUAAAUUUCAUUUCGCAAUAACUUCUAAAUAUAUUUUGAAAAUCA